AUGGCAUCAAACCCGAAGGUCCAAACGGCACCACUACCACGGAGGGAGCUCCUUGUCUAUUGGCUGCUGUCCUUUGGGUCCCAUUUUUACUCUUUUUAUGAACUUCACAGGUUCUCAAAAGAGCAUGAAGCUGGAUUGGAUAGGGAGUUCGUACUGGAAAAAGGGUUUCUUAAUGGCUUUAAAAGGGAUGCAUUGGACUUUGAGUGGACGUUCUGGACCGCUUGGGCUAAGAAGUCCUUUCUAUGGACUCUGAUUGGGCAUGCUGUCAUAUCUAGAUUGUGCAGCGCCCUUUACCCGCAGCUUCGGGUCAUGGCACUCACAGUUUACGGCCUCUCAGCAGCCAGCAGCGUUUUGGGACUUAAAGGUGUGGCUGUUUUGCUUGUGCAUGUGGCUUUGUCUUUCUUCGUGGCCCAGCUCAGAAAGCCCAUUCUGUGUUGGACCUGCAACCUUCUGUUCCUCUGCACCCUUCACAUCAGACAAAUUCAGGACAUUGGGAGAGGCUGGUACGAGCAGCAGGAGGAGUACUCUUUGCUGUUCUCCAGUGUAUCGAUGAAUACUCUUCGCCUUAUCAGCUUCAGUCUGGAGCACUGCGAGAGCCCCGCGGUCCACUCCGACGGCGUCCUGCAGCUGGGGUGGCUUUUGUCCUACACGUUUUACCAUCCUUUCUUCUACAACGGACCUGUCAUUACAUACAACGACUACGUGGAGCAGAUGCAGAGGGCUGUGGAGGAGCGCAAGCAGCACAAAGGAGGCGCUCACUACCUGUUGUUUCGUUCCGCACGGAUCUUGGUGUGGUGGUGCAUUGCCGAAUACAUGAUUCAUGCCAUGUACAUGCACGCCAUCAAGUCCAACGAGACUUACCUGGAGAUUCUGCCACCUUGGGCCUUGGGUGGUUUGGCUCUGGCCUUGGUGCAGUUCUUCUUUGUCAAGUAUCUGGUUAUAUAUGGCCUUCCGUCAAUGCUGGCCACAUUAGACCAGCUCGUCCCUCCUGGUGUACCUCGCUGCGUCAGCAUCAUGUACAGCUUCACCGGCAUGUGGCGGCAGUUUGACAAGGGCCUGUAUCGAUGGCUCCUCAGAUACAUCUAUGUGCCUCUGGGUGGUUCACAUCAUGGAGUGCUGUACAAAAUUUUAUCCACAACGCUGGCGAUUGGCUUCAUUUUCCUUUGGCAUGGUGGUCAUGACUACCUUCAGUGUUGGGCCCUGAUGAAUUGGUUGGGCGUUCUGGUGGAAACUGGCCUCAAGGCUCUCUUUGGCUCGCCUUUCCUUUGCUCCUUUUUGGAGCGGCAUUCCUCUGCGGCAACGAGGAGGCGCUGCGCCGCUCUGCUUUGCGCCUUCUCCACUGCCAUGCUCAUCCUCUCUAAUCUGGUGUUCCUCGGGGGGAUUCACGUCGGCAGGAUCUUCUGGAAGCGCGUUUUGCUUCAAGGUUGGUCCACGGUGGCUCCGCCCAUGUUGGCCUUCCUUUACUGCUUUGCCCAGGUGGGAAUGGAAUGGACUCCUCACCUGUCAUUAGUCACCAUGAAUUCACAACAAUCUGUGACGAAGGAGGGCGAUGUUGCCAACAGCAAGGCCGACAGCAACGACGAAGAGGAAACGAAGAAGAACACUUACGCUAACGGCGUGAACUGCUACGUAAACGAGGCUCGCUACAAGUUGCGAGGCUUAUUUUCCCUUUCACGGUAUUAA